AUGGCGUCCAGUCCGCCUGCUCCCAGCUUCCUCGUCCCCUCCGCGGGACUGGAGCACGCCGGAGAGUACUUUGAUGAAGAGAGUGCAGGGGAGAUCGCGCAAGAUGGCAAUGAAACUGCAGAGACUGUACGCCAAGAGCGGGGUAUCUCGAUGUAUGUUCGACUACUCGAUGAGAUGAUCAAUACCGUACUGGAGAGUGAAUCAUAUUUGUUCAGUCCAAGGGAGCUGUGUGUUCUCAAGUAUAUCCUUGAUCUUCCAUAUGAAUCACAUUACCUCCUUACCCGACUUCUCCUCCGCGUGCCCGGCAAGAUACACACCUUUUCGUCUCUGUCCGCUGCCUACGAACAAGAAAUAGGAGAAGAUGGUGUGAAGAAAGGGAUGAAGACGUUGUGUCAAGAGCUGAAGGUGCCGCAGGAUAUUGUCCGCGACGAACCAAUCUGGGAAGAUCCCGGGCCCAGCAGCCGCCCUUCGUCUACUCCCCUGAAGCGGGCUAUGUCCUCGUCAUCUUCUAUCAAAACCCCUACGUCUCAACGCCCUUCGCUCGACAAACGCCCUUCCUCCACCAAACCUUGGUCAAAUCUUUCGUCUGGUCUUACUUUGGAAGAAGAGAAAGCAGACCCACAACUGGCUGAAGCUCUCAAAGAGAGCCUUUGGGCGGCGAAAGUCGGGCGGGUGGAAGUUGUGAGCGAUGAUGAAGAGAUCAGCGUCGAACCUCGAGGAGGCAGCACCGGGAAAGCAUCCAGAAAUGCGAGCGCAAAACCAUCACCGUCUCAAACUCCUACACCAGCACCCAGCCCGCACAUCUCUCCAUUUUCCCUCCAACCUCUACCAUCACCACCUCUCACUCACUUCGCACUAUCAGAGUCAGAUCUUUCCCUGUCCGACCUUCUCUCGUGCAUGCCACUGGACGAACUACGAAAGGCGUGCAGGGAGAAGAAGAUUCCCAGCCAUCAGACGGGCUCGAGAGACGGGUGCAUUGCAGCUUUGGAGGGCCUGGCAAAGAAGCAAACCAUUUUGGGGUUUGUGCCACUGGACAAUGCCAAAGGCAAAGAGAAGCAGACCACUCUGCCUUUCGAAAAAUCCAAAGAAACCCCCAAAAAGUCGACAAAGCAGACCGCAUUACCUUUCGGCAGACCCCAAACUACCGAAACUCUGCUUCGCAAUCAACUGCUACACAUUCUGGGAUCCUCCCUCAUCCGCCUCACGCCAGAACUUCAUGCCCUGAUAUCCCGCGUGAAUCUGAUCUUCUCCCGUACUCCGCCUAUAGCGCCCGGGGGCGCUAGUCUCAUGCUCCCCAGCAUCCUCGUCAAUUCCAAAAAGCGGUGUUACCCAGAUUACGGUACACCUGCACGAUCCAAGAUCUGGAACACGAGGGAAGAACUUUUGGUCUGGGAAAGGGCAGUCGGAUGGGAGGCUACCGUCACUGAUGCCCUGGGAGAGGGCUGGGACCAACAGCGGAAGAACCCGAACGCUUCUCUAGCGGGGUCUGUCUCGUUCAAUCAAGGACAGUGGUUGGGAAGGAAAGAAGGUGCGGCGAUUGUGAAACGGAUAUGGGAGGGCGUUUGGGAUGUCUGGAAGGGGAUGGUGGCGGCUGAAGAGUCCGGCCCAGGUGAUGAGGAGGGACGUGAGAAGAAUCUGGUUGGGGAUAGAUUUCAAACAGCCCACGUCCUUACAAGGAUCGUCUACAAGGGUGCCGAAGCGCUCGGCGUGUUACAUGAAUAUGACACCGAGUGUAGGAUAUUGAAAGCCCUUAUCGCUCAGCGGCGAUGGAGGCGAGGUAAAAGAGGGGCGUGGUAUGACCGUCUGGCUCUAGUACUCAUGAACCAUUACAACACCACACCGAAAGAGAAGAAGGCGAAACUGCGAGAAGCUACACAAGUCUGCAUAGACGCGCUUCUGGAUGAGGAUACCCAUAUCAUCUAUCGACCGGCUCUAUCUCGCCGCCUGACCAGACUCGAAAACAAGCUCAACCUUCCUGCAGACGAACGCCACAUCUCUUAUGCUUCGCUUCUAAAAUGCGAGACCCGCGACCUCAACGCUGUACGCCUACCCGAGAACCGGGGCCAAGUCAGGAUCCCGAGAACCUACUCCGGUGGAGUGAAGAGUGAAAACGGCGAGAGCAGUGGAGAGACAAGAUUGGUUGGAAAGAGUCUGUGGAUGGGCAAGGAUGGUGAAGUCGGCGUGGAAGAGUGGGUUUUGGAGUGGUGGGAGAAGAAGGGGUACAAAGGAUACCAUUCCGAAUCCUCCAUACUUACCACCGUCUUUACCCUCUUACUCUGGCCCGUGCUGUUCCAUCCCCUCCCCGGCGCUUUUGAAACCUCCUACCAAACCGCCCCUCUCGAUCUCGGCGAAGAUACGUUCCUACCCUCGCGCUCCGCCCUCCUCGAAGCCCGCCUUGCCCUCAUCGCUUCUUCCAGCAAGAAAGCCGUCGAACUGCUUUUAGAGGCCGACGAUAGGGAAAGAGAACGAGCUACCUGGGCGGUGGGUGUGAACUGGGAGUAUGGCAAGGAGGAUUUGGUGGAGAUUCUGCAGUGUUUGGGCGGAAGGGGAGUGAGUGGGGUGUGUAGGAUGUUGGCGGAGGAGUAUAGACAUCGGGCGAGUGGUGUGCCGGACUUGAUUGUUUGGAACGCAGAGACGAAAGACGCGAGGUUUGUCGAAGUCAAAGGCCCUGGUGAUAGUCUGUCUGAAACUCAGAAGAUCUGGAUCGACGUGCUCCUCUCCCUCGGCAUCCAAGUCGAAGUCUGCCGUGUCAAAGCCAUCCCCGCCACCGACGCCCAGCUCGAAAAAAUUGAAAAGAAACGCAAAGCUGCCCUGGCCUUCGAAAACGCCAACGUCGCGGGUGGGAAAAGGUCUCGCUUGGGCAGGGGGUAUUGGAAGACGGAUGAGGGGGAGUGGGAGGAAGGUGGGCAUGGGGCGGAGGUGGAGGGGGAUGAAGAAGAUGAGGGUUGGGAGGCGCGGGAUGAGAUGAGGUUUGAGGAUGGGGUGGAGAGGCGGCAGGGGAAGCUGGGAUGA